AGGAAAUGUUUUUUGACAAAUAGAUUCCUUACCAGGCAUAUUAAUACAGAAUUUUAUGUAAUUCAUUUAAAUUACAAUACAGAACUUUGAGCAGUGUCCCUGUGGAUGCUCCACUUUAGGUGUUUGUGCACCCCUGUGCUUCUAGUCAGAAAUUUGUAGAGGACUAUUCCUUCUUUGUGAACAGCUUCUCUGAUUUGGCUGGUUCUCCCGGUUUUAAAUGCUGUCUGACCUGUCGAUUGUCAAUACCUGUCUCAGAUGGUCACUCGCAGUGUGUCCGUUGUCUGGGAGAGAGACACAUUGUACAGAAGGGCCACCACUGCAGAAAGCUGACAGUGAGAACUAGAAAAGCUAGGGAUCUCCAAUUAAAACUUACGAUGCUGGAGAAAUCCCUUCGACCUGCUUCUGAUCCUGAGCACAGGACCCCUCCCUGCCAGCACUCACCCGCGGUGGCAUCAGACAUGGGAUCCUCUUUCAAAACAGCUGCUAAGGACUCAGUCCCGCAGAAAGCCACAAAAAAGUGGUUUCACUCAUCACCUCAGCAAAGGCCAUCUCCGACCUCCAAAUCUGCCCUGGUACCAGCAGUACCAAGAGCCACGGAGCAGCGCGAUGGCGCCACCUGCUGCACCAAUACAUUUCAGCAGGUCUACAGCACUGGCUGCAAUCACAAUGAUUUCUAAUCAAAGCCUGCUUCCUCCGUCAACACCAAGCUUGCCCAUGCUGGAGACGUUUGUUAGUCAGGCAGACCUCUUCGCAUCACGUCCACCCCAGGAGCGCCUCUCUUCAGUACUGGUGUUAAACAACCCCCCCCCCGCCCCCGCUCUUGAGGAGGAAGCAGAAGCAAUUGAAGAGCCACCACAGUGUGGCGCCAUCCUACCCACCCACAUCUCUUCUUUGUCUCUUGAUGCAACAGUACUGCUGCCUCCUCCCACAUCAGGCGAUGACAUUAAAUCCUUCCAGGAAUUAUUUAAAUGAGUGGCUGACUCCCUCAACAUUUCCUUGGCAGGCACAGCGUAAGCUGGCAGAUAUUCUCCAUACCUCUCCUACUGCCAAGAUUGCACUACCCAUCAAUGCUGCCAUCAUGGACCUUGGCAAAAAUGGUCUGGCAGACACCAGCUACAGCUCCACCUUCUUGUAAAAGAUCAGACAAGAAGUACUAUGUCCCAGCUAAGGGAGCCAAGUUUUUGUUCACCCCUGCUUCCUCCACCCCUAAUUGAUUGGUGAUAGAGGCAGUUAAUCAAAGGGAAGAGCAACAUCUGGCUAGGACCACCCCUUAUGAUAAAGAUUGGAAGCGUCUAGACCUCUUUAGCAGAAAGGCCUGUUCCUCGGCGACCCUCCAGUUUCACAGAGCCAAACCAUUCUGCAUUGCUGGCCAAUAAAAAUUGUCAUUUGUGCAAAAAUGUUGUGUGUACAUGAACAUCUUCCAACAGAUAAAGAACAGUAUAAAGCUAACCUAACAGAAGUCUCCCUCAUUGCCAGAAUGGCCUUACAGGCUUCCCUGGACUCCGCUGACAUGGUGGCCCGCUCCAUCGCCACCUCCAUAGUCAUGCAGAGGGUGUCCUGGCUCCAACUUUCAGGCUUCCCCAAGGAAGUUCAGGUGGCAGUAGAGGACUUAACCUUUCAGAGGUCAAAAACUGUUCACAGAAGGCACAGCUGCAUCCUUACACUCUCAAGGAUUCCUGUGCCACAUUGAAAACCCUAGGUAUAUAUGCCCCUGUGAACAAAAAGAGACAGGGCAGAUUUUAUACCCAAUGCUUCUGCACUGCCCCAUAUGCCCAACCUCAGAGACAUUAUGACCAGCACCACAAACAACGUUAGACGAGAUGCUGACAAGCCCCAGAGCAGUCAGCGAUGUCUCAACCAUCCACAUCCAGACAAGCAUCUUGACGUAUUGGUCAACUGCAUGAGAGCCCCACAUACUCCACUGCCAAAGUCCCUCAUAAUCUCCUGCCCAUUUGGGGACCACCCAACACCCUUCUACCCUUCUGGGCAACUAUUACAUCAGACAAUUGGGUUCUGGAAAUCAUAUGCAAGGGCUAUUCUAUCCCUUUUACCUCUAUCCCACCUACCCACCCCCUUCAGGGACCCAUCUCACGAGCACCUGUUAAAGCAGGAGGUAAACCACCUCCUGCAACUAGGUGCUGUAGAACCUGUACUUGCCAAGCACCAGGGGAGCAGGUUAUAUUUACACUUUCUCACCCAGAAGAAAACCGGUGGAUGGAGUUCCAUCUUGGAUUUGUGCAAGCUAAACAAUUUGUCAGAACACAGUGCUUCAAGAUGAUAACCCUAGCAACCAUAAUUCCAGCAUUGGAGAAAGGAGAUUGGCUGUCGGCCCUUGACCUACAAGAUGCCUAUUUUCACCUCACUAUUCAUCUGGUGCACAGAAUUUUCUUCCAAUUCACGCUUGGGAACCUCCACUACCAGUACAGAGUGCUCCCAUUCAGAUUAUCCACAGGCCCAUGGGUAUUCUCCAAGGUCCUCGCUGUCAUUGCAGCGUGUCUUUGCAGAUGGUGUGAUAUUUCCCUACUGAGACUGCCUCCUAAAAGCUUCCACCUACCAAGCUGCAGUCAAUGUCCUUCACGUCACAACACCCCUGUUUGUAAAUUUAGGAUUACAAAUAAACAUUCAGAAAUCUACCCUAAUUCGAACCCAACAGUUGGACUUUAUAGGCACUCACCUAGACUGCACCACAACAUCAGCACGACUGCCUCAACAAUGCUUUGUUGCCCUAACGAACCUUAUUACAAUGGUAAAAAUCAGUCCACAAACAUCCUCCAGAAUGUGCCUACAACUCCUAGGGCACAUGCCGGGCCACCACGUUUGUUGUGAAGCAUGCCAGGCUUCGUAUGAGGUCUACAAACCUGGCUUCUUACUGUCUAAACUCCCACACAAGCACUCCAUACACAGACUGACAGUGCCCAGCGAGGUAAAAGACUCACAUGGUGGACAAAACGAACAUUUGUAUAGAUGUUCUGUUCCAAUGACACACCCCAUUGGUAAUGAUCACCACGGACGCCUCCCUCGUGGGAUGGGGGAGCACCCUUGUCCAAGAAUACUAUCCAAGGCCGGUAAUCCCUUGCGGAAUCCACCCUCCACAUACAUUUAUUGGAACUCAAGGUGUCUUGAAAUGCUUGCUGCCACUGAUGCGCAACAAGACCGUCCAGAUCCUCAUGGACAACUUGGCCACUGUGUUCUACAUAAAUCGCCAAGGCAGGGCCCAGUCUUACCCGCUUGGCGCAGAAGCAUUUCACCUUUGGGAAUGGUGCAUCUCCAACAACAUAGAUCUCAUUGCAGCCUACUUACCGAGAAGCCAGAAUGUCACAGCAGACAACCUAAGCAGACACUUCUCGCGAAUACACAAAUGGGAACUGGCCCCAGGAAUCCUGAAAACUGUAUUCCUCCUAUGGGGUUUUCCCUCAAUAGACCACCUUGCAACAUAUUACAAUGCCAAAUGGCCACAAUACUGCUCCCGGGCAGGACUUGGACACAGUUCCCUGGGGGAUGCCUUCGUCAUGAAAUGGGAAGCCCCCUUGAUGUAUGCCUUCCCCCCCCCCCCCCCCCCCCCACUCUGCUAUUGAGCCACAUACUUCUCAAGAUAAAGGACAAAUCCAGACUAAUCCUAACUGCACCAACUGGCGCCACAAACGUGAUUCCCGUACCUGAAUCAGAUGGUCACAAGACUGUCAUUGACCCUUCCCCCUUGUGCCUCACCUGCUGACACAGGACAUGAGAUGCCUCCGCCACCCCAAUAUUCAGAUUCUCCAUCUCAAGUUGUGGCUAAUUCAUGGAUGACAAACCGGGGAAAUACAGGAUAUCUUACUGAACAGCUGAUGACUCUCUACACGGAAAACAUACAGGCACAAGUGGAAACGUAUGUCCCUGCACGAUAUGGAAAAACAGGUUUCCCCACAAUCAGCACUACUACCCACAAUAUCGAAUACAUGCUGAUGCUUUCCAUUAGUUCACUCAGGCCUUGUCUCAACUAAAAGGAAAAGUCUAGCUAAGCUACGCAAUUUUGAGUUACGUGAAUAGCAUAACUUAAAUCGACGUAGCUUAGAUCUACUUACUGAGGGGUCCACACUACGCAACAUCGACGGGAGACGCUCUCCUGUCGACUCCCCUUACUCUUCUUGAUCCGGUGGAAUACUGGAGAGUGAUUGCCGAUCAAUUUAGUGGGUCUUCACUAGACCCGCUAAAUCGACCACCAAUGCAUCGAUCGCCGCAGCAUCAAUCCUCCGGUAAGUGUAGACAAGGCCUCAGAGUGCACUUAUUUGCCAUUACCACUUACCACUCUCUUAAAAUAGAUGAACUCACUGUCUUUGCCCACCCUCUAACUAAACGCUUUCUCAAAGGCAUACAGAAUACUUAGUCCACACUAAGAUUUCCCCCGUCCCUCCAUGUGGGACCUCAACUGUGUUUUCCAUACUCUCAUGGGCAAACCCUUCGAGCCACUAGCUAAUUGUUCACUGUUACACUUAUCCAUGAAGGUCGUCUUACUAGUGGCAAUCACGUUGGCAAGGAGGGUGGGAGAGCUGGGUGCCCUAAUGGUAAACCCACCCAUACCAUAUUCCUCACAGACAAGGUAAUCUUAGGUCCACAUCUAUAAUUUAUAUCCAAGGUUGCCACCUUGUUUCGUCUCAACCAACCCAUCUACUUAUCUGUAUUCUUCCCAAAGCCGCACGCAGACAACAGGGAAGAGUGUCCUG